GCCGUUCCUGGAGUUGCCAAAAUCAAAGAGGGUUCUAACCCUGCCACCUGGAUGUUAGAUGUCACUUCCACAGCUGUUGAGUCUCAGCUUGAUGUUGAUUUUGCCGAAAUUUAUGCACACUCAGACCUCUAUAGGAGAAACCAAGAACUCAUCAAAGAACUGAGCACUUCUCAACCUGGUUCCAAAGAUCUUUACUUCCCCACUCAAUAUUCCCAAAGCUUCAUCACCCAAUGCAAAGCUUGUUUCUGGAAACAACACUGGUCCUAUUGGAGGAACUCACAAUACAAUGCUAUCCGGUUCUUUAUGACUAUUGUCAUUGGUGUUAUGUUCGGCGUCAUCUUUUGGGGCAAAGGAGACCAAAUACACAAGCAACAGGACCUUAUCAAUCUUCUCGGAGCUACCUAUGCUGCUGUUCUUUUCCUUGGAGCUACCAAUGCUUCAGCUGUGCAGUCUGUUGUGGCAAUUGAAAGGACAGUCUUCUACCGUGAAAGAGCAGCAGGGAUGUAUUCAGAACUGUCUUAUGCAUUCGCUCAGGUGGCCAUUGAGACAGUUUAUGUCAUAAUUCAAACCUUUAUCUAUGCUCUCCUUCUAUACUCGAUGAUAGGAUUCCAGUGGCAGGGAGACAAGUUUUUCUACUUCUACUACUUCAUAUUUAUGUGUUUCACCUAUUUUUCAAUGUAUGGGAUGAUGCUGGUUGCUCUGACUCCUGGUCAUCAAAUUGCCGCAAUUGUUAUGUCCUUCUUGCUCAGUUUCUGGAACUUGUUCUCCGGUUUCAUGAUCCCUAGACCGCUAAUCCCGGUAUGGUGGAGGUGGUACUACUGGGGUUCUCCAGUUGCUUGGACAAUCUAUGGGCUUUUCACAUCUCAAUUUGGUGACCUGCAAAAUACUUUGGUUGAACUUGAAGAUGGUAGGUCAUUAUCUGUGACUAAAUUCCUUAAGGAUAACCUGGGUUUUGAUCAUGAUUUCCUUAUACCUAUAGUCCUUGCCCAUGUUGCUUGGGUCCUGCUCUUUUUCUUUGUAUUCGCCUACGGCAUCAAGUACCUUAACUACCAGAGGAGAUGAGAAAGUUAAUACCAUAUUGAGGAGCCAAAAGAAUUUACAAAUGUAAAGAUAGAAUAGUUCAGU